AAGAAGAAGAAGAAGAAGAAGAAGAAGAAGAAGAAGAAACCGUGGUCCGCUCGGCGUCUCGUCCAAUCAAAUCACGUGACGGACUGUCUGCGGGGCUAAAGCUGGCGGCUGUUGAGUUUAGCCAGCCGUUCCGCAUUGUUUCGCUUAUACUAAGCUAACACCGCUAGCUACAUUGAUAACUAAUUGCGUCGCAUUUUUUGUGAGCUUGAACGCUCGCAGUCCCUUUUAAGCCACGGUAACUUGGCUCUUUUGGGGGAACAGUUUUCUCAUCAUCUCACGUUGGCUGGCGAACGCUGCCCUGUUCUCCAUCGUCGGCUGGCUCCGGGGCCUCGUCGCUGCGCGUGCUGUGCCAGCUGUUUGUCAAUCACCCAAGUGAGUUCUACUCCGUCGCAGCCGGUGGCAAGACGGUUCAAAGACGCAUGUGACUGGCACCGGUGUUGGCAGCACAUGACUCGGGCCAGAGAAGGAGGCCGGAAAGGAGCACGGCUUUAGUGAAAGCCUCGCUCAGAGAAGCCCCCCCGUUUAGCCGCCAACAGGGGUUUCUCUGCAGCAAAGCGGUGUUUGAAAGACGGGUCUGCUUCCUCUCGCCUCAGCGUCAUCUUGCAUCUUUAUAGGUCGCUCGCUUGAGCGGUCGUGACGCGGAGGUGAAUAGCCAUGGCGGCGAAAACAUCCCUGUUGAAAGUCAUCUUGCUGGGUGACGGCGGUGUGGGGAAGAGCUCGCUCAUGAACCGCUACGUCACCAACAAGUUCGACACGCACCUUUUCCACACCAUUGGCGUGGAGUUUCUCAAUAAGGACCUGGAGGUAGAUGGCCACCAGGUCACACUACAAAUCUGGGAUACGGCUGGCCAAGAGCGCUUCCGCAGCUUGAGGACUCCCUUCUACCGAGGCUCGGACUGCUGUCUGCUCACCUUCAGUGUUGACGACAGCCAGAGCUUUCUCAACUUGGGCAACUGGAAGAAGGAGUUCAUUUACUAUGCGGAUGUUAAGGAGCCCGAGAAGUUCCCAUUUGUAGUCUUGGGGAACAAGCUGGAUGUGACAGAAAGGCAGGUGUCCUUUGAGGAUGCUCAGCAGUGGUGCCAGGAGAAUUGCAACUUCCCAUACUUUGAGACCAGCGCCAAGGAUGCCACCAAUGUAGCGGUGGCGUUUGAGGAAGCAGUACGGAGAGUGUUGGCAAUGGAGGAGAGGACGGAGCACCUCAUACCCACAGACACAGUCAGCCUCCACAGAAAGCCACGACCCACUGCAACCUGCUGUUCCUAACUUCUCAUGGUUGUCUUUCACGCCACGUUGCUCUUAGGCUUGAUCGAUGAGGCUGUAGGCCUGCAUACUAUUGUAACAUUUUUUAUUUAACCUAACUGCGCUACUGGCUUUCAUAUUUGGUGUACUGUUGAGCAGUUUGAUAAUGCUAGUAGUUUAACUUGUUUCCACUGAAGUAAAGAGAAGACACUAAAUCCAUCCAGAUCUAUUACAAUAAAUACGAUAAUAAGUCGACAAAAAAAAUAAAAUAAAUUUAUUCAGUGCCAUCAUGGUUCAGAAGUUUGGACUGUGAAGGAGUGGCAGAAGAAGGGACCGCAUUUUUUGUCAACUCUGAGAUCAGGUGUGGGGAACUAAGUGUUUGUGAUGGUCAUUUGUGUGACAGGUUUCAGUUCCCUAUCAAAUUAAAAUCUGUUCCUCUUUGUGGAAGACAAUGUAAGACACGAAACAAUGUUUAGAGCUACAACCUUGACAUUAGUGUCACAGGAUUUGUAAACCUUUACCAAAUGUGAGAUCAUCCGAUGUCCUACAUGUUAAUAUAUUGCUAUUUAUAACAUAAUGACAUAACUGAGAAUAAUUUAUACAGUCUACUAACUUUAUUUCUGCAAUUCUGAAAGUGAUUGAGUUACUACUUUGUGUAAUACUAAGAUUUGGGUUCUCUGUGUGAUUAUAACACCUUUUGGCCUUGUAAGUGUAUCGUUACUGUUUAGCGUAUGGAUUAUGGUCGUGCUACAUGCACAGGAGGAUGAGAUCCCAAAUGAUCGGAAUUAAAGUUAACAUGCAUGGCACAUUGUGUAUUUAAAUUUCUGAAAAGUGACAAAGUAUUCUAGUUUUACCUUUUAUCAGAAUUUCAAAUCCUUGAUUGCAACUUUAUAAGAGGAAUAAUACUUCUUUGAGGGGCUCUGAUAAAAGGGUUAUAAUGUAGAACAUUUUGGUCUGUUUUAUAAAUAAGAAUAGAUUUUAAUAUUGAAGCACUGGCAAUAUUUUGAUACUAAAUAUAGCUGUUAUUUUUUUCUAUUGAUUUGACAUUGUAAACAUUUACUUUUCACCUUGUCUCGUCCAGUCCUCACUUAUAUUUAAUUUUGGUAUGCAAAGUGAAAAACUCAGAGCAUUUUCUGUUUUAAAACUAUUAAUAAAAUCAUAAAGCACAGUUAACUGCAUGCAUAAGUAAGAGCCUUUCUGUCCCAAAUUUUGAAUCCAGUUUUGAGUCUAGGAACCUGAUCCUUUCUGU